AUGUUCAGAAUUCUAAACCGUGCUUGUUCACGAGCUACAAGCAGCACCACAUGCUCCCUUACGCCGUUCUUCCCAUCACUGAGCGCAUCCUUCCACACCACCCGACCCGCACUCGACAGCGGGCGAAAAGAGCGUGCCCGAAUCAAACGCAAGCGGAAUAUCGAGUUCCACACCCGGCGAGACGCAUUUGAGGAGCAGACAGCGCCUCAUCCCGUGCUGGGGCUGCCGAAUACUCCUCAGGGAGAAGCGGACUGGCUCGGGUGCGACCUAGCCAGGAUAUUGGUGGAUGAGAAGGCGGUACAGGACGCUCCUAUUUUAUCUCUGAACGAGGUGGAGAUCAAUCUUCCAGAACUGUACCAGCACGGUCUGGGCGAAGGGGACGAACGAGUGCUAUUCGAGAGCUUGCCUACGCUAGCAUCCACCACAGGCCUCGUCUUCGAUGACAAGAGAUCUGAACAACGGCUGAUGGACGAGCUGCAAGAUAAUACGUUGAUCAGUCGGCUGCAGGCGAACUACUUGAGCAGGAUCCUCGAUCUGAGGAACGCGAACGCGCAGGGGAUCGCGUUCGAGAAUCGGAGGAGGUGUAUCAAAGUGUUCGGGGAGACAGAGUCGGACUCUGGUAGGCCGGAAGUCCAAGCGGCCAUCCUCACGGCUCAGAUCCGCAACCUCUGGAACCACCUACAAACACACAGGAAAGACGUACACAACCAGCGUAGCCUGAAGACGAUGGUCCACAAGCGGGCCAAGAUCCUCAAGUACCUCGAACGACUCGACUCGCAGCGGUUCGAUGCUGUCCUGCCUCGACUGGGCAUAGACCCGCGCGCAAUAAGAGGGGAGAUCAUCGUCAGGUUCCACAAGACGCAAACGUAA